AUGCCGCCGCUGACAAACCCGCCGUCGAGCGACUCGAGUCGCUUCAACGACCAGACCUUCUCAGACCUUCCCCAGAUCUCGGCCCUGCAAAUACGGGCUGAAGAUAUUGAACUGCCUCCUUCUCCUCGAGACGACGAGUCCGCAACACCGCCUUCCCCUUCUCCCAGAUCAUCGCCGUCAGAGGGUUCCGAGACUCUUCCGAAGUACGGCCACUAUCUCUCACAGACUACUCCACCCUCGGGAUCCCGCAAUUCGUCGCCUCAGAGGAGAAUGAGGCCACUAUCAGUUGGAAGCAUGAUAACCGCUCCACCGAUGCAACGAGCGCAUUCUUCACCCGGCGUGGACGCCUCGGGUCGAUAUAUCACGCCUUACGGUGCCCCUAGAAGACCGGAAUCACCUCUACACUCAGGAAGACGACGCAGCCCUCUCAGGAUGGCCAUGGAAGAGCCGUAUCCCGGCAAGCCAGCAUGGAGCGGUCUGGUGAUGGAACCAAAUAUCCCCGAAAAUGAAGAGCUUGACUUCACCCCAGAUGGAGAUGUGGCACAGCCAUCACUGAUAUACUCUUUCUCCAACACAUUUCCGAGAGCGCGGCGACGGACUGCGAUGCCGCUGCACCAGAGUGCGAGUGCUCCCUCCCUCCAUGCUAGAGCUGUCAGCCCCAACAUCUCUGGGAGAAGUUCGCCGUCACCAUCAUACGGCGCCCAGAAGUACACAUACGAGCCAUACCCGGUCUACUCUGUUAGCUCUGCUUCCAGCAUGCCCAGCACGCCCACAUCACUACGAUCAAGGUCUCCGUCGAUCAGUUCGCUGGAGACAAUUGAAGACGCACCUGAUGCAGAAGAGGCGGCAAUCCUCGAGGAGGAGGGAGCAAAGACGAGAGGGGAAGACGGCGAGCCCGGUGAAUCACGACGAAGGAGCUCGCUAGAGAUUCGUGGCAGCAACCUAAGAAGCAACAAGGAAAGAAAACGAUGGUCUGUGUGCGGAGCGGAGAGACGUGCGGACUUUUCGUUGGAACCUAUUGAAGAAUGA